AUGGGAACACAAUUGAGUCCCUACUUUAGUCAAAAAACAAGUAUAAACCUCCCCACAACCCCAAACCCAAUGAAUCUGAAAAAUUUAAGUAAUGAGGGAACCAAAAAUCCCAAAAUCCAAAAAAAUGGGAUAAAAUUCCUCCUAUCCUAUGAACUGGAAGCGGAAGCUUGGAAGAGACAGGAGCUGAGUCCUCAGAGAUUAGAACAGCGACGCCUCUAA